GAGGACCUGCAGUAAAAUCAGUGUUUUCGGGUGUGGAUCCAUAUUCUUAGAGGAACAUUACAAAAAGGGGAUUUCCUUCAACUCUGCGUGAAUGACUCCUCUGGGAGUUUUGUUGAGAGAUUUAAAAGUGUGAAUGAGAGCAGAAAAACAUGGUGUGUGUGUGUGAUGCAUGAGAGGAGAGAUGCAGAUGAAACCAUGAUGUCGGUCCACAGCGUGCCGAGGAGGAACUCUCAGUCUGAACCCUUUCGUGACAGCACAGAGUUCUCUUUGCUUCCAGCAAGACCCCGGACCUCUGGAAACAUGGGGCGUUCCUCCACAGCCCCCGAGCUCCUGGGUCUGCAAGUGCGAGGGUUCUGCUGUCCCCUGCAGCAGAGGCCCAGCAGUGGGAGGACGACACACAGGGUGAGCCCACAGAGCAGAGGGGGAGGAGGGGGCAGCCGGACUCUGCUAAACGGUCUGAAGGGAAGGUUGGACGGCAGCGAAGAGCCAGCGUCCAGGUCCAGGAGUUGGAGCGGACCAGAGAUGACCGCAGGAGGCGGAGCUCCCAGCAUGUGUCAUCACAGAGAACCAAUCAGUGAAUCAGCAGAAACUCCCACAACCCCCAGCGAUGAGAGGCGGGGUCUUCACGCACUGGCCGGAGCCACAAAAGUUUCAGAGCUCCAUCUGUAUCUGCCUUCAUCGCUCUGUGAUGAUGAGGAGCAGGAUGCAGAGACGGCAGACAUGAGGUAUGAGUUGUCAGAGGGGUGUGUUUGGGGCGUGGAGGCCGUAGCAAGCCAAAGGAAAGCAGCCAUCUGAAUAAACUGCUCCUUGGAUAAUCUUUUACGUCACAUCAGGGGUUUUCACCCUAUUUUCCAAAAUCUGGACCACUGCUACAGAAACCCGCUCUCAGAGGUGAUGUCAGUUUAAGGGUGGGGGGGGACAAAAAAUAUUUUCCCAAGCAAUUAGAACAACUGCAGAGCAUGAAAAGGGAAUGCCCACAUGGAGUAAAAGAGAUCUGUUUAACCCAUGGAGUCAUUCAGAAACCUAAGAGGAUGCGGUUACAGAAAAAUCUGUGAAGAAGAGUCCUGUGAAACAUCAGAGCUCGGUGGUGACACGGAGAUGCUAUGGAAGAGAGAACAAAUAGAGUCACCACGUUGUCUAACAAAGCUGUGCUGUAGUAGAUGCAGCAAAAGCGCAGCCAUUUAUUGCCUAGUGUCACUUUCUCAUUUUUGUCAUUUGAACACAAUAUUCACCCCUCAAGAUAAUUCUGAACUAAAACUCAUCCAAGUCAUUUCUCUGCCCUCUUGGAUUUGCCUCUUUUCAGAAACAACAUCUAACUUUUCCUACUUUAAACAGUCACUCAAAGCAUGAUUUAAAAGCACAAUGGAAUGGAGUCUCUCCCGUUUACUGCACUAUGUGACUUUUUUGCAGCAGGUUGAGAUCAUCUAGUGAAAAGUGUGUACAGCUUUACGGCAAUAGUUCAACCACAAGUGUUCAGUUUUAAAAAACAGCCAGUUAGCCCGUUGAAGCUGAAGCUAAGAGGAAGAGGACGAUGACGGAUUAAGAAGAGAAAAAGAGAGAGAGAGAGUGACCGAGCAUGAAGCCGAGUGUUCAUCCCUGCUGGGACGCAAGUCGGGGCUUGAUGAACCCCGGCUGGGUCGCCUGGGCGAGGGUGUAUGAUUUUGCAAGUCCCAAAACACCCAAUGAACCCAGGAAACAUCGCUGAUGAUGCGUCCCAUCUUUUAUGUAUCAUCCCUGCAGAUAUUAUUCAUGACAGAUUGAGAUGUAACGUUAUCUGUGUCCUCGCUGUCUUAUGUUUAGCAGCUUUACCGGGUGCAGAAAGUGAUCCAAUACAAGUUAUGACUCAAGCCAGCAUAGAAAAAAAUAAAUCCAUCUUUCCCCAAGAAAGUUGUCUCUUUCCUUGUUACCGUUAUCAGUUUGGAACCUUACAAACAAAUCUAUCUCAACUAACUAAGACCCUCUCCAAUGAAACCAUUCAGCCACAGGCUAUACAGACAUCAUGGUAACAAAUGAAUACACAUGCACAUACUCCACAUGCAGUUUGCAGCCAGCAGACUGAAGAGGCUUGCAGAGUCAUAUUUGUGCAUAAUCAGGUAAUAUUUCUUUACAUCGUCGGUCGACAUGGUUGUUUAGCUUCUCACAAUGUCUUUGUCUUUUUGCACCAUCUGCUCAUAAACAAACUCUUGUUGUCUAAG